AUGCCUGAAAUAACAUGUCCUUCCUGUGAUAAAAAACUUGCGUCAAUCACUGGUUAUAGUCAGCAUCUCGCGAAAACCUCCAAUCCUGCCUGUCGUACCCUCUACCUUUCCUCACGGCGAUUCACUCCAGACCCAGAAAAUGAUGUAGAUAUAGACGCACCUGAUCCAAAUCAUCUGCUGCAUUUUGAAGGUGAUUUUUUUGGAACAUACACUGAGAAUGAGCUUGCAUGGCCAGGGUCAGAUGACGAGGGGGAUGUUGGUCAAGCACCUAUGGAUGAAGAAGACUCAGAUAAUGACAUCAAUGAUCAUGACAAAUGGGAGCCUCCUGCAGCACCAGCACCGCCAAGUCAGUCUGCGGAGCAUCAUGACACUAACGAUCAUGAUGGAUGGGAACCUCCUGUAGUGCCAGCACCCACGCACAAUGAUGCCUUGCACCCACCUACUGCAGAUCAAAGCCAAGAUGCUUUUCAUAUGGCGCAGCGUACCUAUAGUUCUGGACAACCCAUCGACUCAGCCAUCAAGCAGCCAAGCAAUAUAAUCUACCAUGCACAGCUUAAUGGUUUGAGUGCAGAUAAUAUUUAUGCCCCAUUCGCCUCGAAGCUUGAUUGGGAGAUGGCUCGAUGGGAAAAAUUACGAGGUUCAAGUUCAACUGCAUUCUCAGAACUUGUUUCUAUUGAAGGUCUUGGCGAAAAGAUUGGUCUUUCCUUCAAGAAUACACAGGAACUGAACAAGAUUAUCGACAAUGAACUUCCAGGCCGUCCGAAAUUCAAACACAAUCAGAUUGUCAUUGCUAAUGAAGCAUUUGACGUCUACUAUCGCGAUAUCAUUGAAUGCAUCAAGGCUCUUUUCAGUGAUCCAAAUUUUGCUGAUGUUCUGGUCUUUGCACCUGAACAUCAUUAUGCCGACGAAGAUGAGACGAUUCGUUUAUAUCAUGAGAUGCAUACUGGACAAUGGUGGUGGAAUAGUCAGAAACACUUAGAUCGCGAGCGCCCUGGUGCUACUCCCGUCAUCAUUUCAUUGGACAAGACUCAAGUUACGAUGUUUCGCAACAAAACAGUGUACCCCGUCUAUAUGACUAUCAGAAACAUCCCAAAGGAUAUUCGUCGGAAACCAUCAUGCCAGGCACAUGUCCUCCUCGCAUACCUUCCAACGACUUGCCUCGAACACGUUACAAACAAAGCUGCUCGCCGACGGAUGCUUGCCAAUUUAUAUCAUGCUUGUGUGGGAUGCAUACUUGCACCACUCGCAGCUGCUGGCAUCAAUGGCAUUAAUAUGCAAAGUGGCGAUGGAAUAAUGCAUCGAGGCCGUCCUUUAUUUGCAUGUUUUGCAGGAGACUACCCAGAGCAAGUUUUAGCUACCGCAGUCAAGGCAACUCCAUGUCCAAAGUGCGACGUUCCCUCCGAUGAGCUUGGACUAGCAACUGGUGUUGCAAAUUGGCAACCACAAGAUCUUGGUGCAGUACUUGAUGCCCUCUGCGCUCUUGACCAAGGUGGAUUGGCCUUUGUGCGUGCAUGUGCAGAUGCCGGCAUUAAGCCUAUUGUCCACCCAUUCUGGGAGGGACUACCUUAUGUCAAUAUAUUCGACUCCAUAACUCCUGACAUUCUGCAUCAGCUAUACCAAGGGCUUGUCAAGCAUCUUCUCGCUUGGCUUUCUGAUGCAUGCGGCAGUAUGGAGAUUGAUGCACAAUGUCGACGCCUCCCCCCAAAUCACCAUAUUCAACUAUUUACGAAGGGCAUCACAACUCUUUCGCGUGUCAGUGGUACAGAACAUAAUCAAAUCUGCCAUUUUUUGCUCGGCAUCAUCAUCGACAUCAGUCUACCUAAUAAUGUGUCUUCCGCUCGACUCCUCCAUGCCAUUCGUGGUCUGCUAGAUUUUUUAUAUUUUUCUCAGUACCCAUCUCACUACGCUCACAUGAUUCGGAUGUAUGGCACUACGGACAACUACAAUACUGAAUACACUGAACGCCUUCACAUCGACCUUGCAAAAGAUGCUUAUCGCUCUACGAAUCACAAGAACAAGUUUGGUCAAAUGACGACUUGGCUUGAACAGAGGGAGAAAAUUUUCCGUCACGAGAAAUACAUUCAGUGGAGACUCAUUGAAAACACUGCACAUCCGCAUCAUCAGCCUUGUCCCCCAGAAAUGACAUUUCAUCAUACUCAAACGAUGACGAAGCAUCCUACCAUCAAGGCAGUCACAUUGGACAAGGUCGCAAACGAAUAUGGUGCCACGCACUUUGAUGAAUGUCUCGCAUGUUAUGUUGCGAAAGCUACCCUUCCUGUCAACACUGCUGUUACGGCCAGGCAGCUCGAAGAUCGAGCAGCUGAUAUACACAUCCCAUUUCAAAGACUACCGGUCUUUCAUAAGGUGAAAUGGCUCUUGGAUAAUGUUCAUGGUGAUGGGGAUCCUCCGGUCACAGUCGAUAGUGUCCAUGCACGUCCUGGACGUUCAGGAAAAUUUACAUCUGACAGUGUUGCACCGCGAUUUGAUACUGUUUUCGUUAAUGAUGGCACAGGUGGGUCACUUGGCAUCAAAGGAUAUCGAAUUGCGCAAGUCCGUAUCAUAUUCUCGAUACCUCCCAAAGCCAUCCCCAAACUUUUCCCGUCCACAUUUCAGCCUCCAAAACACCUCGCAUAUGUCGAAUGGUUCUCUCCCUUCUGCAUACCUGAUCAAGAUCACGGCCUGCACAAGGUCUCGCGUGUCAUUAAAAAUAGAGAACGAAUGGCCAGCAUCAUACCAAUCAGCAAUAUUCAUUGUAGUGCCCAUUUGAUUCCGCAUUUCAGCUCUGUAGCUCCUCGUGAAUGGACCUCUGCUAAUGUUCUUGACGAGUGUUCAUCAUUCUAUGUAAAUACAUACUUAGAUCGAUACAGUUUUGCAACACUGCGCUAG